AGCUGGUUUUUCGUAUCAGGAACCGUAUCGCGCGGACGAUUUUUCGCGGGCGAGAGCUUUUCCUCCUUGGGAAGGAUUAUUCUAGUGGGGCAGUUAGGCGAGCUGGGGCUCGCUUGGCGCUUUGGUCGGUUGGUGUGUUGUUUAAAGCAGAAGCCUCCAGUUGGGUCGAUGGGAAAUUAUUACGACAGAGGGUAACCCCAACCGGACGUAAAUUGGCAAAUUAUGUGAAACGUCCUUUCCGCUAUCGUUAUCAGUGUGCUCGGGGCGCUCCUAACAAGGCACAAUAAAGAUCGACUAUUAUCGAUUCGAGGGACCUUAUCCGGCUCGAAAAGAAGAAGGGUUUUGUUACAUCAGCUAUCUCCGUCGUUCCGCUAAAUUUCGCGAAUCGUUAGUCGUUCGAAGGGAUUUGUUGUUGUCCGUGCGAGCCACAUCUCGACGGGUAGUUUGGCUCUUAUGAAAGCCCUGGUGGUGUGAGUGUGAUGCUAAGCAGAGCAGCUUACAGAACCUCGUGACGGGUUUCCGAGCGCUCGGUAGUGAUGUAGGCGUUGAAGAAAAAGAGGUUUUGCUUUGAUUUAUUUCUUGCAAAUUGCUAUUUCAUUGGCAAAGUGGGUGUUUAGAGCAAAUAAAAAACAAAUCUGGAAAACAAAAGGAAAAACUUCACAUAAAUUCAAGCGCCUGAUGUAAUACACCAAAUAGGCAAAACAGAAUGAAAAUAUAUGCCCUUGCCAACGAACGAAAAACAAAUCCUGGAAUCGGAGCUGGCCAUAGGGCUCGCGCGAGGGUCGAUUUUGCUCGAUGAUUUAUUGGAACAAGUGUUUGUGCGAAUGAAUUAUUUGUAGGCCCACCCAGCUGUCACAGUUGAGGCUGUGUUGUUGCCAAUUCCGCGAAAGAAAUCCUUCGAAUAAUAUAAAAAAUAAACUCUCCUUCAGACAGUGUGGAGAAUUCAGUCAACCUUGAAUCCAGAAGAAAAAGUUCAAUUUAAUAUAAAUCGAGAUUCGGCCCCCCAAAAAAAACCACGGCCCCAAGUUGUGUCGGAAGAAGAAAUCCAAAUUCAAAUAAAAACAAAGUAGAUUGAACGAAGAAUACGUGUGCGCUCAAAUAGCUGGGAGCUGUCAUAGAGCUCUCCGGUCAUCAACGAAGAAGAAAAAACGGUCAGUGUACGUACGGUGGUGGCGUGCCCGGUGGGGUGGGUGAUGUUGAAUCAGAAGAAUCUUGAUGCCACACGCACGACCCGAGGACCGCGCAUCAACCGGUGAAGAUCUAAAUAUUUCCGCAGCUCAGCCCAUCAUCAGCGUCAGCGAGCGGCAUCAUCUGGGAACUGACUGGCUAGCGGCUGCUGGCUCUGGUGCGGGUAACCCGAGCUCUGCUUUCGAUCAACUUUUCGGAGCGAGUAUUUUGACAGCUGACGGGCGCGGAUGAAUUUCGUGCAGAAGUGAGUUGAUUUUUAAAAGGCAGGCAGCGCUGUGGGAGCACAAAUUACACGUGCGCACAGGUGUUCAGCGAGCGGAAAAUUGUUUCCUUGCAUCACGUUGUCGCAGAAUCCACGUGCGGCUCCACUGCUGUAACCGUUGCCGUUAUCCCUUAAGGCUAUAGUGACUGUUUGGUUUUCGUUGGAAGGCAAAGGACGACGACAAUAGCAGCGACGAGAACUCGGAGAUCUGAGAGCAAGCCCUAGGAACGUUGUCGCUGGCAGUGUGAAGGUGUUUCCUCGAGAGUGCUUUCGGCUGGAUGACAGACGCAAGUAUGUAAUCCGAGAUGAAGCUGCAUAGCCAUCCGGAGCGUGAGACUUGAAGAGUGCCAUCGCAGAAGCUAUUAUUGUUUUGCCACGAGUGGUGAAACAGAAGUGAAAAAAAUUCGAGCUAUCCUAAGAAGAAACUCCGAAUCGUGUCAAGAGGGUUUCGUUCAUAUCUCGGAGGGUGAAAAUGGGUUGUGAAGUGGUCGGGUGCCCGGGUCGAUUCGUUGGCAGCCAAAUGGCGAGUGUGAUUUAUUCCCUGGUGGUGGUGAGUGUGUGCCUGGUAGACAGUACCCUCGGGGCCCAUUGGGAUCAUUCGGUGUUCCUGGACGAUGACUACCGGUUGCUGUGGAGCAUAUCGGGGUACGACAUAACGUUCGAGGUCCAAGCCCGCACGCACGGCUACAUCGGGCUGGGCUUCUCCAAGGACGGCACUAUCUACGGAGCGGACAUCGUCAUCGGCUGGGUCGACCAAGGACAAGUUCAUUUCCAGGACCGGCACGUGAAAAAGAACAGCGAUGGCAAACCGGUGGUCGAUUCGUCCCAGGACUACGUCCUCCUGCUGGGCUACGAGAACAUGACCCACACGGUGCUGCGGUUCAAGCGGAAGUUGGACACCUGUGACGUGGCGUACGAUGUGCCGAUAACGAACGACACAAUGCGGGUGAUCUACAUGUACCACGACGAGGAACCGCGUGGUUCCCAGUACGCACCGGGAAGCCUGCCGGACCCGGCUGAAGCUUUCAAGCAGGCACGUUCGCUCUUCCUGACGCAACGGGUGAACCAGUCGCCAAUCAAGCUCGACGCCCGGAUGAAGAUCAUGGAGCUGCGCAAUCAGGACGUGGAGUUGCCUUCCGAGGGGGGCACCCUGCACUGGUGCAAAGUGUUCAAACUGAGCGAUAUCAAUCGCAAACACCAUCUGAUCAGGUACGAGCCGGUGUUCGAUUCGUCAUCAAGCGUGCCCUAUCUGAACCACAUAAUCCUGCACGAAUGUCAAGGUUCGUCACCGGAUUUGGAAAUUCUGUCACGGGAGGCGGGCCGUGCCUGCUACAAGACGGAUCGGUCCAUUCUGACCUGCAAUUCGAUUGUUGCCGCGUGGACGCGUGGUUCGGAGGGUUUCUCAUUCCCCGCCGAAGUCGGCUAUCCCAUGGACUCAAACCAGGCCCGGUUCUUUCUAAUGGAGACGCACUACAGUAGUCCAACUGAAGAGGUUUCCGAAAACCAUGGGGUAAAAUCGAAACUGAUGGUAGACAGCUCCGGAAUCAAAAUCUACUACACCAGUUCGGUGAGAAGCUACGAUGCGGGGGUGCUGUCGGUAGGCAUGGAUCCCAACUGGAGGCACAUUAUUCCCCCCGGUCAGGAACACGUGCUAUCCGAGGGCCACUGCGUGGGUGAAUGCACUCGGAAGGCGUUUCCUCGCGAUGGAAUCAACGUGUUUGGCGUGAUGAUGAAGACCCAUCAGAUCGGACGGCAGAUUAAGCUGAGGCAGAUCCGGUACCGUGAGGAACUGUUGCCCAUUGCGCACGAUAAGAGCAUAGAUUACAACUAUCAGGAGUACAGAAGGCUUGACUCCCCUGUGAAGGUGCUGCCCGGCGAUCGGUUGAUUGCCGAGUGCAUUUAUGACAGCUCUAAAAGAGCGGCCAUUACCCUUGGCGGAUUGACCGCCAGGGAGGAAACUUGUCUGGUGUUAACCCUAUAUUACCCGCGACAAAAAGAGUUGACCACGUGCCAUUCUUUGCCGAGCUUACCCACGGUGCUGCACUCACUUGGAAUCGACACACUGGUUCCCGGAUCCAAUCCGGUGCGGAUCGGUUCCCCCCUAGAACUGGCCGGGAUGUCGCUCGAGACGCGCCUCAUCUCGUACGACUGGCAGAACAACUUCAAAAGUUUCCAGCUAGCGACCCGGAAAGGAUCCUUCAAGCCACUCUGUUGGAGUGCGAAAAAUUACCCGCUUCCGGGCACGGAAAGUCUAGAAGGAUAUCCACCAAACAUCACCAAAUCCUACAAACUUCAACGGUCAUGUAGCUUUCUCCGCAGCCCACUGGCCGGAGCCAGCCCAAACCUGGCCAACGUGUCCUUCCAAAAUCGCAACCGCUACCACACGGAAUCGGAAACAAACGUCGAUCACCCAUUGCUCGGUCGAAAUUAUCCACCAACGAAUGGCAACAACGGCGCCGACGAUAAUGACUACGAUGAAAACUCUAUCGACCAGGAUGGAAACAACGUGAUAGAGGGAGCUGCUCGGAGUAAAGUUUCCCGGAGCUCAGUGACUGAACUGAUGGGCCUGAGUGGCGCUUCGUCGAUGACGAGUGCGUCGCUGCUCCGGUCCCAAAUGAUGGUGGCGUACCUGCUGUUCAUCAUCUUCCUGAACUCAUUCCGGAUAGCAACGGCGGCGUAAAGCUUUGCGACGGCAAGUUGGGAAGACUUUUGUUUUUAUGUUCUGUUCUGAGGGUGGCCCGGGACGGGAAUUAUCGAGAGAGGGAAAAGGUUAGAACCUUUUUACAAUAAGUAGGCAACAAAUUGCACAGGCUCCCAUUCGUAUGCAUGUGGAGAGAAAAUAAAACGACUGUAGCAGUUUUGAUCGUAACGAAGAAGGUCGCGAACCGUGUAAAUUGAUCAGAGGAAAGUUGAACGGAAGUGAAACUUGUUUUUAAAAUGGAGAAAAUUUUCUUCCAAAGUUUCCUGUUUCCAAUUGUUUUUUGUUUCUCGUUUGUUGUUUAAAAAAAAUGUCCAUGAUGUCGGAUGCGCAUUGAGUGAUUCCACCCAAAAUCACCCACAAAAAAGAUUGCCUUCGUUUAUUGUUUAUCACAAAAAAUUAUACAUUUCUCGGUGUUAGAUACCCGAGCAUAAUUUGAAAACUGUUUUAUAAUAUGUAAAAAAAUGUGUAGGAUACCAUUUAUUGGAGUUUAGCCAAAUUUAUUUGAAUUAAUGUUUUGACACAGAAGGUCAUAUUUAUGUUUAUAUUUCAUAUAGUCGAAUUUGGUUUAUUAAUGAUGUGGCGUGGAAUUACUCAACCCUCACACUCUCCAACAUCUGGGCGGCAAAAGGUGAGAGUGUCCAGAGCUGGCCAAGAGCUCCCGUGGGUAGCGCGUCUCCAGUUUCAACGGUGCGACGAACCAUCUCAAACUAGAAACUUUAAUGAAGAUACUUUUAUAAAACGACGAAAGUUCGGUUGGGUGCCGGACCGACCGUGGACGUGGGGAGUGUUUUGUAAAUAGCAGUAAUUGUCAACUGUAACCUGAGAAGAAGCUGUUUGUAAAUAUAGUGUUUUUGUACCAGCAGCCGACCCCAGUCCGGGGAGGCGAGUAGUAUUAGCGCCGUGUAAGAACUACCAAACAAGAAAGAAAAGUAGCGAAAGUAAUUUUUUAAGUGUCGAGAGCAUAAGAACAAAACUCGUUAAAUUAAGAGAUGACGUAAAAAAAGCGAAACUGUAACCGUACUUCUAGUCAGUAGUAUUCAGAGACACACGAGAAAGUAGCGAACUUGAUUUUGUUGAAACAUCUUAGGCGAUGAACAUACACGAACCGAAACUUUUCCUGUUUUCCUAUCCAGCAGUUUUUCCGCAAAAGUUGAUUCUAUAUCUGAUAAUGGUGCUCAAAGUUUAGAGCGCCAUAGGUUUCCUCCGUAGCUGCUUUGUUAAACGACUAAUAUUUUUUAUGAUAAGACUGUAUACACGAGAGUUGUUCGAGAAAUGGUUAAAAAGCAGGCGGUCUUCGAACCAGAGGCAAUGAAUUCGAGAAAAAAGUUAUUCCGUUCGGAUAGUUACCAUCCCUUCACCCCUAACAACAGAACGUAGAAAUCGUACAUCAAGAAAACCAAUAUGUUUUGCACCCAACGCGAAAACAAACGAAAAAGCGAGAGACAAUCAUAACCUAUUACGGGAGAAAAAAUAAAUGAAAAUGGAAAACGGCUCAAGCCGGAGCUGGAGGAAACUUACAAACGAACAGAAUGGAGAGCAUUAUUUAUGGCGGAACAUGUGUGCGAGUGUCGGAAAACGCGAAUCUCGACUUUAUGAAGAAAAUGAGAAAAGUUUUAUGGGAGUAAAGGAAUCGAAGUGGGAGCCAAUUGGCCAAUACGGACGGUGUCAGCACUUUCUUCACUAUGUUUUCUUUGUUUCAGGGGGGAUAUAUUGCAACUAGAACGAAAAUUUGACAUUUAAGUUUGUACGUACGUUUGAAAGAAAAAUGUUUGAUCCGAAAAUGUAGAUAGAGGUGAUGUAUCACAAUGGAAUUUGACCCGCAUUGUAAAAGUGGAACAAUUGCUUAGCGCUGAUAUGGCAAUUGGGAGCAUAAUUCGAUUGGAAUCUUCUGCCAAACUAGUUUUUUUCUGCUGGUGUAUUUUAGAAAACAAAACAUGGAUUUAUUCUUUGAGCUCGCUCAAAAUACUUUAGAAAUGUA